AUGGAUGAUGCUGCGUUGAGAAACCAAGGUCGUAUUUCAAACGUCGACUAUGUUAAAUGUUGUUGCGGCAAGAAAUGUAAAGGUUUGCGAGGCUUGAAGGGUCAUCAAAGAUCAUGUCGCUUCAUCAAAGGUAUGUGCUCUGAUUUGCUAUUGCCACAUGAGGGAGAAAUCACAAACGAACACGAUCAAAUAAGUGAUGUUGACGAAGAUAUAUUUAAUGGCACGCCUAUUUUAAAGCCGGGCGUUAAACUUCCAAAAACUGAACAUGAAUGGAAGGAGGCGGAUCUUUAUUUUAGAGCCGAGCUGCCUAUAUUCGAGGUUAGCGAAUGUUCGGUGAACGAUUGUGUUGACAAAAUGACGAAUUUGGUAUAUGAUUACUUUGUAGAAAACUUCGGUACGGUGAACAAGUGCAAGGAUUCCAACUCUGAAUAUCAUACUAAGUAUGCUAGUUACUCAAAACAAGAGCUAAAACGAGAACUGAAAGCAUUAAAACGCCAGUCACCUGUUGAUGUAGAGAAUAUUCAGUACGUGUCAAGAUUACUAAGGAAAUUAACUCAGAAUAAAGGCCAUGAUAAUGCUAAAUCUAUUAAUCACGACGAGGAAAUCAAGAAAAAUUUCUGGGCUUAUGCCAAAUCGCAUUUAGAUAGCGCUGACUAUCUGAUACCAACGUUCGAUUUGGCAACUUGCACUAAUUACUUUAAAAACAUUUGGAUGAACGCAUGUCCAUCUCAUGUUUUUUCCCUACCAAAUUGGUUACCGAGACUUUCAGCACCUGUACACGAAUUUAAUUCUACACCUCCAACUUAUGCUAAAAUUACGGCUAUCAUCAAAAGAAUGAAAACAGGUAGCUCUGCGUGCCCGCUUGAUCAGCUCUCAAUUAUUCCCUUUAAAAAAUCUGCAUACCUUAGAUCUUACUUGACAACAAUCAUUCAAACGGUAUGGAAAUCGGGCCAAAUUCCUGACACUUGGAGAAGAGCUGCAUCAAUUCUUAUUCACAAAAAAGAAUCAACUGACGAUCCUCAAAACUUUAGACCAAUUACCCUGCAAUCAGUGCCUCUCAAAAUUUUUACAUCAACAAUACGGAAUGCCAUGUAUGAGUUUCUAUCAAAAAACAAUUAUAUUGAAAAUAGGAUUCAAAAAGGAUUUACUCCGGGAAUGUCCGGCACGUUUGAACAUACGGCCCAUUUAGCAUACUUAAUUAGACGAGCGAAAAAACAACAAAGAUCUCUAACAAUAGCACUACUUGACUUAAGAAAUGCAUUCGGCGAAGUCCACCAUAAGCUGAUUCAAACAGUACUAAAAUAUCAUCAAAUCCCCGAGCAUUUUCAAAAUUGUAUUGCAAACCUCUAUACUGACUUCCAUACCGUAGUGGUUACGGAAAAAUAUCUAACACCGUUCCUUAAAGUCAGUAAAGGAGUGCUACAAGGAGAUUGUUUGAGCCCGUUGUUGUUCAACAUGGUAAUGAAUACGUUUAUUCAAUACAUUAAAACGGAUCAGUUUUGUCAACUCGGAUUUAAUGCUGGGCAGCCGUUUCUAACCCCCAAACAUUGGUUUCAAUUUGCCGAUGACGCGGUGAUAACAACAGGUGAGGAGUACGAGACACAAAUAUUACUGAAUGCAUUCACCAUGUGGUGUAAUUGGGCAAAAAUGACGCUAAGAGUCGACAAAUGCAAGUCAUUCGGAAUUAUCAAAAGGAACACAUUAUCCAAGCAGUAUUUUCCGAAAAUUUACGUUAACCACGGCUUAAUUACAGCGGUAAAGGGGAACGAAAGCUUUUGUUAUCUCGGUAGAUUUUACAACUUCCCGAUGGAUAACGUAGAACAUAAACAGUUCUUGCUGUCUGAGACUAGUAGCAUCUUAGAAAAAAUCGAUCGUCUCCCUCUACACUCAAAAUUUAAGCUUGAGUUAUAUAUGAAAUAUCUGCUCCCGAAAAUAUCUUGGCAUCUCACUAUUGCAGACAUUGAUAGAACAUGGAUAAAGCAAACUUUAGACACAAUGUGCCACAAUAAAUUUCGGGCAUGGCUUGAGAUACCACCAAACGGCACCCUUGACAUAUUGCUUCUUGGGAAAUCCAAAUUCGGUUUCGACAUCAUUGAUGUAUCAACAAAAUUCACUGAAUGUCAAGUAAUUUUGCGAAAUAAAUUAAAAGACUCGAGUUGUCUAGACACCCAAAACCUUUUCUACGCAUCUAGCUCAAACUGUAAUGUGCAGUACGAUGGUUUCUCCACCGCAAAACAGGUUGCCAAAGAAAUUAGGAAAGAUAAGAUCUUUAAUAUUGAAAGCAAGCUAACGUCGCAGAGUCUUAUAAUUAAGUCGAUUUGGAGAGAUGCUUUCCAGGGUACAGCGAAAGAUUGGCACUCGGCAGUUGACAAACUCCCUAAAAACAUAUACAACUUCGUAACUAGAUAUUUAAAUAACACCCUACCUACAUUAACAAACAUGGUUUUGUGGAAGAAAGCUCAAAAUAAUCUGUGUCAUUUCUGCUUGAAUGUGCAAACACUACAACAUAUAGUGUCUUCUUGCAAAACAUCCCUGGACGAAGGUCGAUACACAUGGAGACACAAUUCAGUGCUGAAACACCUAGCAACGUACAUAUCUAGUGUCAGAAGGGACUUUCACGUUUAUGCAGACAUUUCUGGUUUUGAUAAUCCAUCUGUGAUCACAGGCUGUAAUGACCGACCAGACUUGGUAAUAUCACACAACAACCAAAAUAUAUAUGUUAUUGAAUUGACAAUCGGCUUUAAAACUAAUAUGGCAAAAAACUGUUUAAGGAAAAGGGAACGAUACAAGGAUCUUUGUAACUUUUUAAGAGAACGAUUUAACAAAGUAACGUAUUUUAACUUAUGCAUGGGCGAGAUUGGAGUUUUAAGUCAUGAAUGUAAACAGUUCUAUGACUUUUUGGACCGCGAAGUAAGAUUAAGCGAUAUGCAAAGAAAAUUCAUCAUUAGAAAACUAACCGGCUGCUGCAUAAGGACAAGUUAUUAUAUAUUUUGCUCUAGAAACAGACAAUGGUCUUGCCCUGAACUUUUAUAUUGGUAG